AUGACCCAUGAGCACACUAAAAUCAACCCUAAUGGCCCAUCCCUCCUGAAGCCAGUCUUUAUCGAUCCGGACGCGCAUCCCUCGCCUGUCACUGCUCUUGCUCUGGGUGGCGAUCUCAUUGUGUCUGGGAGUUCAGAUGAAGUCAUCCAGGUAUUCCCUACUGAGUUCAUAGCCUCUUGCGCGAACGACGGAAUGCUCUGGAUGUUAUGGCCCUUAUAGCUAGCGCAACUUUUUAUGACGAUACCGACUUACCUGGCUCGGUUGGUUCCCCAUUUAUGAGAAAUCUAGCUGUAAACUCAUACACAACCGUCGGAUCCGCACUAAGUUUUAUUUGUACGCUUGUGGAUCUUUCUUUCCAAAGUACUGCUAUCGCAUGUUUCGUUUUUACCUAAGUGUCCAUCUUCCUUUCGAUUAUUUGUCAUUGCUUCGCGCCAAGGAUAGCUGAUGAGGCAUGCCACGAUAGUUAAGUCUGACUUAGUGCCUCGCGGGUCCUUCACGCCAAGCCUGUGGCGAGUAUAUAUGUCUAGACUGGAUGCUCUUGGCAUUGCAAUCCUAAUGCUUCACACGCCUUAUUAAUAACCGGUUUAAUAGUAUUUGUCUUCUGGUUAACUCUCAACUGACAAUUAUUCGUGGAGAACUCGGCGGCCUCCGAGGCCACCGAGGUUUUCACAGUUGGAUCAAUCGCAUUAUUCAGAUAUGCCAAAAGCACCAAUUAAGUGUCUAUUUAUCAGUGUGGUUUCUGGACAGAGUUAAGUCCAUCUGCAUUUCAGACUAAACAUGAAUUCUAUACCUGGGUACUCACGUACGUGUACUUGAUACAGCUAUGAUCGUGUCUUGUUUCAGUGAUUCCGCGAAGAAAAAUACUGGGGUGCUGAACACGUUUGACUUCCUGUUUCUUGAAAUAUGUCUUACAUUUACCACAUUAUUGGAAUUUCUAGCCUUCUUUUCGUGCAUUUUUUUCAAACAAUUUCAUAGUUCUCGUAUUACUUCGACAGGAUGUUCCAACACUCGUAACAGUGUAUCUCGAAUAUUUACUGUGCCUCAUGAUCAACCGCAGGGAAGCCGUGUAUUCAGACUUUCUUUCGAGUUUAAACGUCAGUUAUUUCUUUCGUUGAAUAAAUUUCCCAAGGAAGAGGGAGUUCAAGGGCGAAAGCCUCAUUCCCUUAAUAAACUGACUUAACUUAAGCGGCCUUCUCAAAAGGACUGUAAUGACUUUUUCCAACAUUUUCUUCAAAGAAUAGUUGUUUUUAUCAAAGGACGUAAAAAACGUUACGCCACUUGGAUAAUUUUGGGGUUCUAUUGAAGUAAAUGUCUUGGACGACUCUCAGCGGACGUAUGUGCCAACUUGUGAUAGUCUCAUACUUAUCAUUCUUCCACUUAAGUAAUCUCCCCACUCAAAAGUACAACUGUUUUAUGCGUUUCAACGCAUACUUUACCCGUAGACGUCCUGCAUCACCAAGGUUUCGUGUCUAGUUGGUUGCUUGUCUUCUGGGUGCUUUUCUGUUAGUGUUUAUUCUCUUUCUUUAAAAAAAAAACAGGUGUUCUCCGUGUCUCGACGCUGUCGCCUUGGCUGCCUUGAGCUGCACACUGGAUGUGUUCGUCACCUGCAAUUUGCUCCCGACCUUGGCACCACUAGCCGGCAACCGCGGCAUCUUCUUAGCUGCGGGGAAGACUCGUGUUUCGCGAUUUGGCGCCAGCAAGUCUCCACGACAACAUUAGGCCCCGAAGUUGGGAGCAAGUUGUCCUCACGCGUGCCCGCCUGGCAGUGCAUCCGCCAGAUGCGUCGACACAAGGGUCCCAUCAGUGCCUUUGCACUACACCCCUCCUGUCGUCUCGCCCUCACUCUGAGCGAUGAUAAGACCCUGCGUGUGUGGAAUCUCCUCCGCGGUCGCCAGGCAUACACUGUACGACUUAAGACCCUUGCCAGUGGUGCCACUGAUGUGUCCUUUACACCCUCUGGUCGCCAUCUCCUCAUGCUAUGGCCGAAUCGCUUCGACCUGAUCAGUCUUUCCCUCCCGACAGGCGGCACCGGAGUCAAACCGCUAGCCAGCUGUGAAUUUGAAAGGCCCUUCUCCACUUCCCCUGUUGUCUUCCAUGAGGACGACCCGCAUGUAGUGGAUCGGCCCUACCUCUAUCUGCUUGCAGCCUUCGGCAACAUGUUGCGGGCCUUCCGCUGUCCUCUGUGGCCCGAGGCGAGAGGGGAGAUACAGGCCCUAGGGGAAACGCGACUGCCGGGGAAGAGGGUGAAAUUUCUCAAGGUUUUGUCCUGGCCAGACAGACUUGUGCAGUCAGAACUGGAGGCUCGUUCCAGUAGACGGAAAAUCGUGGUGACAGCGAGCACUGAUCUCGAUGGAAGCUAUGUCCGUGGCUACGAAAUUGACCUCCAAGCAGAUUUGGAGAAGGGUCUGUCUGCGCCUCUGGCAGUGUUGCCAGUCUUCACUUACGAUGUACACGACAUCCGUAUCACACAGAUAGACGCCAGUUGGUCGUUGAAUGACCAGCAGCAAGAAGACCAUACAAUGGACAUGAUGGACGCAGAAGUGACUACUGAAGAAGAGGAAGAAGAAGGUUCCGACAUCUCCGAAGAGAGUCUAUCCAUUCCGGACUCCGACGGCAGCCCUAGGGAUUGA